AUGAAAGCAUCGUCUCGAACCGGUGGACUAUUCCGUGCAUUCGAAACAGCUGGUCAAGCUGUUUCGUAUGCCAUUAACUCCCACACGGGUGAUGAUCCCAGGAUACCAUUUUAUGUGAAUUGUGCGGUUUUGGUGUUGACGAUUCCGUGCAUGGUACUGUUGAUAAGGAUGAUUCCGGAGGCGCCUUCGAAUAGGGAUGUUGAUGUGGAUGAGGAGGCGGAGGUUAUUGUUGGGGUGGCGAAGUUGGAUGAGAGAGCUGUGUAG